AUGAUUGUUGGAAUGCAAAUUUUCUUUUGUUCGACACAGGAACGUCAAAAGUCCGCACGAACAAAGGGAGAUAUUCAGAAGCUUAUGGAUGAAGUAUGCACCAUCAAGGAAAUUUUGAAAGAUGCAAAGCAAUGCCCGCGUUGCAAGAUGGCUAUAUCUAAGAUUGAUGGAUGCAAUAAGAUGACCUGUUGGAACUGCGGCGAGUUUUUCUGCUACCAAUGUAACGCUGCAAUUAGUGGAUAUGAUCAUUUCAAGGGUGAUUGUGUGGUAUUUGAUCAGGUUGAAAUCGAUAGAUUGCAGACACAUAUGAAUCAAAGGCUACACCGCCUGGUUAUUGGACGAGUGCAGGCUGCCUUGUUUGCACGAGGACAUGCUUACCCGUGUCCUACUUGCGGCCAAGCAAUUCGGAAGAUUGGAAACAACAAUCAUCUGUACUGUUGGUCAUGCAACCAACACUGCUGCGCAUUGUGCCGCACGUCUGUCCAGAAGAUGUCACAGCAUUUUGGUCCCGCGGGAUGUAAGCAACAUACUGCAAAUCCCUGA